ACGGUCGCUUGGUGAUUGGUCGGCCUGUGAGCGGUGGCUGAUGGGCCAUGUAGCGUGUAGAGUGGUUUGGGGCCGGCUCUAGCGGCGGGUGUUGUUGCUGCGAUUCCGGCUUUGGUGGGUGUUCUGGUCCUCUGCAUGGCCGGGAGCUGUAGGGUCAUCAGUGCCUCAAUAGCUCAGCUAGUGCUGAGGGGCCGGGGAGCCGCGCUACUGAGGAGAGGAGUGCCCGGAGUACAGAGGUGUUUGCUGGGAGGGCUGCCGGGGAGAGUGCGGGCCCCGGGGCUGGACAGGCUGCACAGCGCUGCCUUCUACACCAGCAUACAGAAUUUUGGCGAGUCAAGUGCAGUUGAUGAUUAUCCUCCUUUACCAGACUAUGAUCCACAUGCUGUAACUGGAGACCCAAAGAAGAUGUUCAUUGUGCGUGCUAGAGGGCUACCUUGGUCUUGCACUCCAGAGGAUGUGCUUACUUUUUUUUCUGAAUGCAAUGUAUCUAAUGGUAUAGAUGGAGUUCACUUCAUCUUCAACAGAGAUGGCAAACCACGAGGAGAUGCCAUCAUUGAAUUUGAAACAGCAGAUGACUUGACGAAAGCUUUAGAACAGCACAAAAAGUUCAUGGGGCAACGCUAUGUGGAAGUGUUUGAAAUGAGCCACAAGGAUGCAGAGUUACUAUUGCAAAGAAUCCAGGCUUCAACGUCACCGACUAGAAUGUCAUCAAUGCCCCAGUCUGCACAGGCAUUGCCUUCUAGCCCAAAUGAUACCACCGUGAGGCUUCGUGGUUUGCCCUACAGCUGUACUGAACAGGACAUCAUCAAUUUUUUUUCAGGACUGAGCAUUACAGAUGAAGGCAUAACUUUUGUUUUGGACCAGAGAGGACGUAAAUCUGGGGAAGCAUUUGUACAGUUUGUCUCGCAGGAAAAUGCUGAACAGGCACUUGAGAAACACAAGCAAGAAAUUGGCAGCAGGUAUAUUGAGAUAUUUCCAAGCAGAAGAAGUGAAAUUCAGAAUGCUCGUCUAAAUUUUAGAAGAAAGAAAGCUGUUACAUUUGCCCCUUCCAUGAAAGACUUUUAUGAACCAGAUAUUAACCAUGGCAGUAAAGAUAUGCAUGCUGAUGUAGCCACUGAAAAUAAUGACAUAGAUGAAUAUGUAAAGGAGAUGUCUGGAAAGUGUUUGGAUUCUCAGGACUUUACAGUGGGAUUACCUGUACAUGAUAUCCACAUCAGGGGACUCCCAUUCCAUGUAUCUGGGCAGGAUAUUGCCAAUUUUUUCAAUCCUGUCAUGCCCAUGAAGAUUAACAUUGAGUUCAGUGCGGAUGCGGGUGGUACUUCUGGUGAAGCUGUUGUAAGAUUUCUGACUCAUGAAGAUGCCAUAGCUGCAAUGGCCAAAAACAGAUGUCAUAUGCAACAAGGAUAUUUAGAACUUUUUCUGAAUUCGUCACCAGAUGCUAAAUGAAGUCCAUGUUCUUAGUGAUGUUAUUGACGCAUAAAAAAAGAGCAAAGAAUGAUUUCUCCACGUCCCAUCUGACUUGAUUUUUAUCAGCCUGGAAUCCUUCUAAAGGCAUACAUAGGUGGUAACCUGCGUAAAACAAUAAAUAAGUGGUACUACUAGUUCAGCAGGAAAUUUAUUCCAUGUACUACAAAAUAGUUAAUGUUGUUGAAGAUGGAAAACGCCAUUCCUGGCACGUUGGUUGAACUUUUGCAAACCAGCCUUUUUGUUGUUGCAUUAAAGUGCCUAAGUUCAUGCAGAGAAUGUGACUUUCAACUUGAGGCUUCCUGCUGGAAUAUUGAAAAUUCAAACCAGCGAAAAGAAGCUGGUGAAAAAUAAAAUAUUAGAUUUAUACAGUAGUUUAUACAUUGUGCAAUGAUCCCAUUUUUAGUUGUUAUAUGGAUGCUGGUAAGAAGCACAGUGGACAGUCAGUUGCCUAGCUUCAGUGUUUUAUUUUUUGGUUAUUUGAGAACACCACUUUGGGAUCCGUUUCUUGCAUAUUUAAUGUGCGAUAAAUUCUAAAUAUAUUAAAAGCUGUUCCAUGAUUCCAACGUUUUUUUUUUUUGGUUUGCAAAAGGGAUCGAGAAGAAUAAACUUUUUCUGUUGUCUUGAA